UAAACACCAUUUUUCACUGUCAUUGCUUUUCACAAAAGCCAAAGCUUGCGACUCUAACAAACUCUUCUUCUUCAAUGAUCUUCAAUUUCACAUUUUUGAGGUAAAGGCGUUGCAUCUGAUCCAAGGAUCGGCUUCAUUUACGGAUUGCCUGAAUUGUCUCGGAAAAUUACGGGUUGGAGCCUUUUAGGAUUAGUCAGUCUUUUGACAAUGACAAGGGUUACACUUGAUUUGGGAGAUUCGGUGCAAAAGGAUGCUGUUUCUGCAGUUUCAGCAGAUGUGAAAUUUGCUUCUAGUAGAUUUCCUAAUUAUAGAAUUGGGACCAAUGAUCAGAUAUUUGAUGUAAAAGAUGAUCCCAAAGUGCUGUCCAUGAGGGAAGUUGUUGCCCGUGAGACAGCACAGCUGUUGGAGCAGCAAACACGUUUGUCUGUUCGCGAUCUUGCCAAUAAGUUCGAGAAGGGUUUGGCUGCAGCUGCUAAGCUGUCUGAAGAGGCAAAACUCAAAGAAGCAGCCUCUUUGGAAAAACAUGUUCUGCUAAAGAAACUUCGAGAUGCACUGGAGUCUCUAAAAGGACGUGUGGCUGGUAGAAACAAGGAUGAUGUAGAGGAGGCCAUUUCCAUGGUCGAAGCUUUUGCUGUUCAGCUGAUUUUGCGAGAAGGAGAACUGUUCCAAGAGAAAGCAGAAGUAAAGAAAUUGGCUGCUGUUCUGAAACAGGCUUCAGAGGAUGCUAAGAAACUUGUUGAUGAGGAAAGAGCUUUUGCUCGUGCUGAGAUUGAGAGUGCAAGAGCUGCUGUGCAGAGAGUGGAAGAAGCCAUACAUGAGCAUGAGAGAAUGUCUCGAGUCUCUGGGAAGCAGGACAUGGAAGAGUUAAUGAAGGAAGUUCAAGAAGCUAGGCGAAUUAAAAUGCUACAUCAGCCAAGCAAGGUAAUGGACAUGGAGUAUGAGCUUCGAGCAUUGAGGAAUCAGCUUGCUGAGAAAUGUAGACACUCUCUUCAACUACAAAAGAAGCUUGCAAUGUGCAGAAAGAGCAAGGAAGGUGUAUCUCUUUUAUACGAAAUAGACGGCUCUGAAGCUUUAGGUUCUUGUUUGCGGAUCAAGCCUUGCUCCGAUGAUGCCCCGGAUAUUUCCAAGUGUUCAAUCCAAUGGUAUCGGUUAUCUUCUGAUGGCAGCAAGAAGGAGCCUAUAUCAGGUGCUACAAAACCAGCUUAUGCUCCCGAGCCUUUUGAUGUCGGGCGAGCCUUGAAUGCUGAAAUUCUUUAUGAUGGUCAUUCAUUUACAUUAUCUACAGUCGGGAAGAUUGAUCCAGCUGCUGGAUUGGGUAGCUAUGUGGAGGCGUUGGUAAGGAAACAUGAUGUUGAUUUCAAUGUGGUAGUCACCCAAAUGAGCGGGGAAGACCAUCCACCGGAAUCUAUCCACGUGUUUCACGUGGGUAAGAUGAGAAUAAAGCUUUGCAAGGGGAAGACGGUAAUCGCAAAAGAAUACUACUCUAUUGCAAUGCAGCUAUGCGGAGUUAGAGGAGGCGGAAAUGCUGCAGCGCAGGCAUUGUAUUGGCAAGCGAAGAAAGGGAUUUCCUUUGUCAUAGCUUUCGAGUCUGAAAGAGAAAGAAACGCUGCCAUCAUGCUUGCACGGAGGUUCGCCUUUGACUGCAAUGUCACACUCGCCGGCCCGGAUGACAGAACUCCUUUGGAAAACUGACAUAACAGAGGCAAGAACCUCUGUCUCACGACGGGUUUGUUCUGGUGAGGCUCACUGAUUGUAAUUAGAUUUCCGACGAAUUUCUUUCGAUUUUUCGUAGUUCAAUCGCCGUUAUGUCGAGCAUCUUCUUCUUUUUUGGUCCUUCAGGCAUCGGUUUUUGUUUUGUUUCCCUGUGUUCUUAGUGUUGUUAUGUGUGUAAACAUGAGUUGCCCACUUCAAUUUGUUGGAGUGAUUGAACUCUACGUUUACUUGGUGGGAAUCCUUGUGCAUCUUGAAUGAUGAAAUAUGAUGUGGUUUAUAGUGCUUUUAUACGUGCA